GUGGCGCAGCGGGCUGCUCCACCCCACCUCGCCGAGGGGAAAGGCGCAGCCGGGGGCCCGGGGGUCAGGGCGCAGGGUCGCAGGCAGGAAAGCUCAAACGCCGCCUCCGACUCCGGCUUGGAGCGACUCCGGCACGUCAUUGCCCCCUGGCUGCCUCGUUCCCCCCUCUGUGAAGGGCUGCGAAAGCUGAGGGCAAAGGACGGGCCCCAAAAAGCCCAAGGAGGGGGUCGCACCGAGCCGCGCACGUCCGAGCAAAGGCCGCAUCGGGCCUACCAUUGUUAGGACCCGAAUAGGAGCCACGUGCUCAACGCCGGAAUUAGAAGGAAGGGCUAGAUUGCCUGCCCUCGGGGGCCUGGCAGCCUGCCCGGCGUAAAGGCAGUGACGCGGCCGAGCGAGACCGGCAGAGGCGAGGCGCGGAGUGAAACGUUGAAGUACUCCCACUUCCUCGCUACCACAUGGAGGUCAGCCACUCAGUAAAGGAGCGUACCAUUGCUGAGAAUAGCCUGGUCAUCCUGCUGCAGGGUCUCCGGGGCCUGGUAACCACAGUGGACUUGCGGGAUGAGACUGUGGCCCGUGGCCGAGUAGACAACGUGGAUGCCUUCAUGAACAUUCGCCUGGCUGAGGUCACCUACACAGACCGACAGGGCCAGCAGGUCCAGCUUGAUGACCUCUUUGUGACUGGCCGCAAUGUCCGCUAUGUCCACAUUCCCGAUGAGGUAGAUAUCACUGCCACCAUUGAGCAGCAGCUUCAGGCCAUCCAUCGGGUGCGCAAUUUUGGCAGUGAGGGUAAAGGUCGAAGAGAAUUUCCUACCAGGAAGUACAAGUGAAAGACAUUCCUCCUUCACCCUGAUACCUUCAGAGCCAUUGGCCUUACACCUUUUGAUGGAGGCUGCUUCACUGCUUUCUGAUAGCCAGUUCUCCCCCAUCAGGAUACAGACCACAACCAGGAUAAGCUGAUUCCAAAACCACAUUUGCCUUUUACAAGUCCAGGAUUUUAUCUGGGUACCCAAAAUCUGAUAUGUUCAUAAUCUUGGAUUAGUUGAAGACCAUCCUCCAUGCUUCAUGCCUAAUUGGACCCAUGGAGUUCCCUGAUUCUGUAUUAAAAGGUUAAUUUCAGCCAUUUUUUAAUACUUUCCUAAAAUACAUUGAUGAUCUUUGCUGCUAA